AGAAAAAGAAAAGAGAUGAGAGAAAGCAACUUUUAAUCUGAUUUUGGGGGAGAGAGAGAGAGAGGAUCAUCAUUACAUAGGAGUGAGACCCCAUAUGAACAGAAGCAGUCAGAACUUUCAAUAAUUGUGUUGUAUUCAUUUUUCCUUCUCAUCUCUUUCAUUUCAGAUAUUCAUUCAUCUCUUUGUCUGAAAAUUCGAUCACUCUCUCUCCAUGGAAGCUACUGAGUUAUGAUCCUUACUCUCUCACGGGAUCUGAUCUGACUGUCGUAUUCUGCUGAGAAACAAACAUCUCUAAAUUAAUCAAUGGCUGAUCAACUUCCAUCUCCAACACCUAACACCUAUUACUCAUCUGUCUUUACCUCUCCAAAGUUUAGGUUUUUCUCUUCCAACAUCACUCCUUUUGACUCCAUCAUCAGCCCUACUUCCACCCUCGAAGCCAACCACAGCCACCCAUCAAUCUCCUCCUCCUCCAUAAACCCUAGACCCGCUUCCUGUUACGAGCCAACAUUAAUCCCUAAACCCCAAAGGUUUCUUCACCCACCUGAAGCCUUUGGCCUCGCUGAUCUCGUCAAAAGCAAAGACCGGUCGAGCAAGCCUGUCAACAAGAUGGUCCUAUUCGGGUCGAAGCUCAGAGUCCAGAUACCUUCAGCUGACUUUGGAACUAAAUCUGCUGCUACUUGCACCAGCCCUUGUCUGAAAACAAAGGUCUUAACCGUGAGCGAGGUUGACCAGACGGAGGACUACACGCGCGUCAUAUCUCACGGUCCAAACCCAACCAUCACCCAUAUCUUCGACAACUCUGUUAUCGUGGAGGCGACUCCUCCUUGCUCUGUUCCUUUGCCACAAGUACCUGUGGAGAGUCUGGAGACCAAGGCUAAUUUCUUAAGCUGUUGCUACACUUGUAACAAGAAUCUUGACCAAAAACAUGACAUCUAUAUUUACAGAGGAGAGAAAGGGUUUUGCAGCUGCGAGUGCAGGUACCAGGAGAUGCUUCUUGAUCAGAUGGAGGGCUAGCACUCUCUCCAUUUUUUUUCAGAUUUUUGUUUCCCAUUUUUCAUUUUUGUCACAAAAAAUCUACUUUUUGUUUUUUUUUUUUCCUUGUUUGUUUUUCUUUUUUUUUUGUUUUUGUUUUUGUUUUUUUUUGUUUUGGCUGCUUUCACACAUCUUCUGUCGAAAUUGUUACUUCUGUCCUCACGAGUUUCGUAAUAUCCUCCUUCCAUCAACCCUUCCGAGUUUCGCUAAUCUCCAACAUUUGGAUGUGAGUCGUGUGGUGCCGCUCCAAUUGGUCUUACAUUCCAGUCUCCUCCUCCAUCUGUCCUCCUAUGCCCUCGUUCUCUCCCUACAGCUCGGUUUGGCCACGGUCCCCCAGAGAACCCAUAAUUGGACUCGUUUGCCAAACCACAACUCCUCACCGGAAUGUCUUUAUCAGCUUUGGAUGGUGUAAAACUCGUACCAGCUCUGGUAUCGAAUGAUAUUGCCCCCUUGCUCCCCUUACUUCCACUUAAUAUUUCAACUUCAGAAAGUUCUUCGGGUGAGAAUUUGAUCGUCUUACCGCGAUCCCCGUUAGUAGUUUCGUGAUGCACCAUUCUCUCUUGUAGAGUUUUCAUAUUAUCAUCUAUCUUUGCAUU